AUGGAUGCUCGUACUCAUGUUUUUUCUUCUCUUUGCUAUCAAACAAUUGUUGAAACUAAAGACAGAUCCAUAUUUGUUGCUUCAGCUUUUUCUGGCCACCAGCAAGUGCACAACAACUUCUUGACAAAAGUUGUUGAUAAUUGUCAAACAGCUAUACAUGAUAGAUACCACAAAUUCUUGAUAAAAGCUGUUGAAGAAGCUUAUAAAGGAGUAGAUAAUGGAGAUGGAGGCCUAUUUGGUGCAGUUGUUGUUUGCAAAUAUGAGAUUGUUGUGAGUUGUCAUAACAUGGUUUUAAAACACCCAGAUCCAACUGGUCAUGCUGAAGUUACAACAAUAAAAGAGGCAUGUAAAACACUCAACCAAGUUGAGCUCUCUGAUUGCGAGAUUUAUGCCUCUUAUGAACCAUGUCCUAUGUGCUUAGGUUAUAAGGAAUGGUGUAUAUGUUUGCCAUGGAAACUGCAAUUUCACCCAGGCUAUCUUAUCACAUAA